AUGGCUUGCUGGGCGUCGCUCCCGGCAGAACUGGCGCAGGAAAUAGUGCACCUUGCCCUGGAAGCAGACGCCGAUUCAGCCCCCAAGUUUGCCACUAUUUCGCGCGUUUGGCAGAUCUUUGUUGAGCAAAAGACCUUCUCGAGCAUCAGAAUACGAUCCACGCAGGUACCAGAGCUACACAACAUGAUGACUCCCUUUCGGCAGUCUCUUGUCCGCAACAUCAACUUUGAGGUCAUACUUGCAGAAUACGACAUGAAAAGAUGCAAGGAGAAAGAGACUGAGGAGGAACAGGAACAGAACAGUCGCUCCUUUACGGUUGGCAUGUUCCAACUCUUCGAUCACUUGGCCACCUGGACGUCAAUGAGUGGUGGGAAAGCUGAACAGCAACCCCGUGUGUCUCUUAAAGUCUCGUCGUCUUCGCCUAGCGAUUCGCAGUCUGAUACUCCUCUCGUCGGUUCUGUUGCAUGUGCAAAGCGUCGAUGGCGGUGGGGAACAUCGAUUCUGGAGCUCGUACAAGACGACAAGCGAAAUCUACCCUUGCUCCUGGGUAUUUCUGAGUUUCUUUGCGAUAAGAAUUACUACCCUUGCCGCAAAAUCAGUCUCAAGGCCUGUUGUGACAUUUUCGCCCGGCUACCCAACGUACAGACAUUGGAAUUCUAUUCUCCAGAUGAUGGCGGCAGUCGCCUGCCUCGAGACUUCAUUGCGGGUUUGCAAAUGAUUCCCAACUCCGUUCGGCAUGUCACUCUCCUUCACAGCCGACACGACCGCGGCGCAGUCCCUUGGGGGUUUCGCCCACAUCCCGGGAAUUCAUGGGCUCCCGGUCCACUCAGUGUCGCAUUGUACCACUUGGCGCGCCGCUUAGUAAAGCUCGACAUUGACUCCGAUUGUAUAUAUCCAGAAUUCUUUUGGCCAGUCUCCGCCAUGAUGAUAUCCUCACGUAGCCCUGAACAACCUCUUUAUUUCCCGUACCUUGAGGAGAUUCGCUUCGGUAAGCUUAAUGUUUCUUCAUCCCAGGUCUUCAAGGGCCCCAACCUGCGUUUUAAAUAUCCCUUCGAUAUCUACCUCCUUGCAACGGCGCAAGUAGUUCGAGAAAUGCCAAGGUUGAAGCGUUGCGUCAUAGAAUGGGAUUUCCGGGCGUUAUACCAAGGACUCGAGUAUCAAAUUUUCAGAGAUGGUGCCCCUCGAGCACUAUUGACCGUGUGGGGUGAGCCGCCAAUCCCGCUCUCGGGCAGGGUGAAAAACGCAUGGCUCAGAACAACAGAAGUUCUUCUUGGAUCUCGUGAUAAGAUGGAGGUCAAACUACGAGAUGAUAUAGAGCGGGAUCCUCAUCUUGACAAAGUAGACCCAAUAACUUUCACUAGUUACACGACAUAA